CGCGCGUGUGUGAGUGGGUGCGCCCAGUAUGCAAGUGCCGUCCGCUUCGCCCUUGCCGUACAUCCGCAACCUGUACAAGUACGUGUGGUCCCUCCGUGAUCCGAGGAUCAAGGAGUGGAGCAUCCACCGUGAUGCGCGUUUCAUAUUCCCAGUCCUCAUCUGUUACGUGUACGUAGCUAAGAUCGGUGGUCCCCGUUGGAUGAAGAAUCGAGAGCCUUUCAAGCUGCGAGGAGCUAUCCUGGCCUACAACUUCGCGACCGUCGCUGCCAACGCCUACUUCUGCGUCCAGUACCUGCGCCAUUCGUAUCUGCAUGGCGGUUACAGCCUCUUGUGCCAGGGAAUCGACUACGAGUCGAGUUUUGACGAGCACACGGCGGCGAUCGUAAACUUGCACUCGUGGUACUCCUGGGUCCGGAUCGCCGACUUCCUGGACACGUUCUUCUUUCUCGCCCGAAAGAAAAACUCCCAGGUGACCUGCCUUCACGUCAUCCAUCACUUCCUGGUGGUGCUGAACAUGUGGAUAUACACGAACUUUGGCAGCGACGGCCAAACGCUGCUGGGACUUAUCGUCAACUCGCUCGUUCACGUCAUCAUGUACUCGUACUACUUCCUCGCCGCCCUGGGGCCUUCGAUGCAGAAGUACCUGUGGUGGAAGCGCUACCUCACCGAGCUGCAGAUUGUACAGUUCGUUGGCCUCAUGCUGCACAUGGCCAUCACGCUGUUCUACGACUGCGGCUAUCCGAGGGCGCUCGCGAUCUUGUCGAUAUCACAAGGAUUCCUCGGGCUUGGACUUUUUAUCAACUUUUACGUGAAGACGUACCUCGAAGAAGCGAAAAAGAAAGACAAGGCGGUGUGAAGUGCUUACAGGAAACUAA